UCCGUGUCUCCUGUAAACACCACGUGACGCCGGAACUCCUCAACUUUGACCCCGGAAGCGGAAGUUCUUUCUUUCUAGUUUCUGCUUGCUGAAGAGAGAAUCAGCAGACAUGGCUCCUCGUAAAGGGAAGGAGAAGAAGGAGGAGCAGGUCAUCAGCCUCGGUCCUCAAGUUGCUGAGGGGGAGAACGUCUUUGGAGUCUGUCACAUCUUCGCCUCCUUCAACGACACCUUCGUCCACGUCACCGACCUCUCUGGAAAGGAAACCAUCUGCAGAGUGACCGGCGGGAUGAAGGUGAAGGCGGACAGAGACGAGUCGUCCCCCUACGCCGCCAUGUUGGCAGCUCAGGACGUAGCUCAGCGCUGCAAAGAGCUGGGAAUCACAGCCCUGCACAUCAAGCUGAGGGCCACCGGGGGCAACAGGACGAAGACUCCGGGCCCCGGGGCUCAGUCGGCCCUCAGAGCUCUGGCUCGGUCUGGGAUGAAGAUCGGACGCAUCGAGGACGUCACUCCGAUCCCGUCGGACUCCACCAGGAGGAAGGGCGGUCGCCGUGGACGCCGUCUGUAAACUGUAAACCAGAUUUCACAAUAAAAGCCCAAACUCAA